AUGAAGGACAAAAAAGAGAGAAGAAGCGAUGUUGAGGUGGCGGCGACGAGCUACCCGUUCCUCGUGGAAGGCGCGGCCGAGCGGUGGCUAAUCGGCACGAGUCUGUGGAGCGGGCUGGGGGUGGGCGAGCCCGAGUGGCGCGGACUGGUAGGCCUGAUCGAGGAGCAGUGGGCCAAGGGCCAGCACCGGGUCUACGAGGGGCUGCUGGCCGCCCACCCGCACGCCAACGAUCUGCUGCGGGCCUUUGCCCGCGCGCACACGAGCGUGAUCGCGGCGCAGGCGCAGCAGCAGCCGCUCAACGUCUUCCUGCGACUGCGGGGCCGCGAGGAGGAGGGUGAAGGCGACGAAGGCGACGAGGAUCGCGUGCAAGAGUUGGAGGAGCAGAUAUGGGGUGACCUCUACGAGACCGUCGUGGCUGGCCGCAAGCACGUCCUGAGCCACAUCCUUGAACUCGCACUGGGCCUGGUGAAAGAGAAGCGGACCGAGGAGGCGGGCCUAGUGCUGACCGCCUUCGAUCGUUUGCGCGCCUGGGUCCUGCUUCUUGCCUGGGACUCGUUUGAAGGGGAUAUCGGGUGGCGACAGAAGAUCGUGGACGCUCUGUGGGGCGGCGACGACAAGGCCAAGGAGAGCGUCGAUUGGGCCAAGCACGACCCGGCCUGGAGCGCCUACGGAGUGCUGCGGCAUCGGCUCAAGAUUGCCUGGUGGUCCGCGGCCCAGCUGCUCGCCGCCCCCAAGACCCUCCACUCCUCCAUUCGGGUGGGAACGAACGACUUGAGCAUGUACACGUCGCCGUUCCAGCUGGCCAACGCGCUGUUGUCGCUUUUGUCGGGGCAUUCAUUGCUCCAUCUCCUGCGCGCGCGAUUGGCCGACUUGGACCUGCACGAGCUGCGCGACAUCCUUCAAUCCAACCCCGACACCUCGCUCAUCAGCCAAAGAGAGAAGACCAAGGACGAGAACCUGCUGCUGGCCUACCACGCCCUGCGUCGUCUGCUUCUGCUCAUAGACGAGACCGCACAGACGGCACCAACCAACAAAGAAGCGAAGAAGAACGAAGACGAAGACGAAAAGAACGAAGACGACGAAGAGAGCGAAGAAGAUGCGAUCGAAGACGCGAUGGAGGACAUCAAGGAGUGCAUUGGCGGCAUUCCGCAGCCCGUCGCCCGCCUCGCUGUGCUGGAGGGCCUCUACGCCGCGCUCUUCACCACCACCUCCCAACACGUCAGUCGGCCCACCACCAGCGCCGCUGGCGACGGCUCGGCCGCGGCCUCGUUCAUCGCUCAGGAGAAGGUGGUGGCCCCGGUGCUGGCGCUGAUCGCGUCGUCGCUCGCCGGCCUGCCCGACUCGCGCCGCAAGCUGGGGCUGGUGGAGCUGGUCGAGGAGGCCCAGUGGCGGCUCGACCUCAUCCGCGCCUUCGCGCGGUCGCCCCGCGGACGCGCCCUCGUGCCCGCCCACGGGGCGCUGCCCUCCGUGAUGGCCCGCAUGUCGGCCUCGCCCGACGGUCUCGCCGCCAAUUGCCUGCGUAGUUGGAAAGCGGUGAGCGAGCGCUACAGGAGCCUCAACCCGCACAUCACCGCCGAGGCGCGCCUCAGCCAGGCCCUCCAGGACGUGCUUGUGGCGCUGCGCCAGGGCGACCACUCACUCGAUGCGCUGCUGGAAGGGCUGGCGAGCGAGGAGAAGCACCUGGUGACGAGCGACGUGGCAUUCCUCGCGCGGGCCGAUGCCGACGUCCGCGCGCGCCUUCUCAUUCAGGCCACCAACGGCCUGCAGGCCCUGCACCGGGCCAGCAAGGGCCUGGGCCACCUGGCCCACGUCGCCGCCCUCCUGGACCGCCUCGGUGUGCUUCUGCAGCCGGGCACCACCCUCGGCAGCGCGACCAGCAGGUCCGGAAUGGAGAGCCCCCUCGCCGUUCAGCUCGCUCGGUCCUACAUUCUUUCCAAGAAGGAAAAGGGAAGCGCUGAGCAUCUGAAGGAGGGGCUGAAGAGGCGAGCCAAUCUGGCCACAAUGGCCACAUUCCAUCCGCGCCGAGGCUCGGACGGCGUGCGACGCGUGGACAGCCUGCCGUCCGGGUCGGCGGGCGACCGCAAUCUCGGACCCGACGAGGAGAAGAUGCUCCGGCUCGUGGCCGAGGACGACCCGGUGGCCGACGAGCACUUCUGCCAGAAGGCCGUCGAGCGCCUCGUCCUCGCCGGCAAGCUCGAGGAGGCCCUCCACUUUGCCGACGCCUCUCUGCCCAACGGCGCGCCGGACUUUUUGCUGCGGCUGCUGGUGGAGAAGGCCCAGGACAAGUCCACGAUUUGGCAGCACAUCGCGUGGCCGCUCGAGGUGUGCCUCGAGCUGCUGGGCAUGUGCCGCGAUCGCGUGUCCCCAUCGGCGCCCACAGCCGAAGAGGUCGAGCGCCAAUACCGCCAGCUCUCCGCCCUGCGCGACGUUCUGCAGGUGCGUGUCGUGCGAGUUAAAUCAUCUUUUCUAGU